AUGCAGUAUGAACUAUUGAUUAAUAAUUAUUAUGAAGAUGAAUAUAAAGAUAGUACAGAUCGACUGUCUUUUAUGAAAUUUAUCCGUUUGUUGUAUUGCUGUUUCUCUGUAAUGAUUUUAAUUGGUUUUUCUUGUAUCACCAAUGGGAACAGAGGAAUUGGAUUUUUAGUUUUUUCAUUUUUUCCAAGUUUUUUUUAUUUAUAUAUGUUUAAGAAAAAAAUCCAAAGGAAAAUAAGCUUUGUUCAUGUAAUAGAAAUGGUACUAUAUGGAUCAAUUUUGUCAGUAGUUUUAGCCAGUAUAUUAGAAUAUAUUUUAUCAUUUUAUUUUUUUUAUUUUUCCAAUUUAUGUUUUACAAAUGAAGUAAAUAGGUCCCUUUAUUUUGUGUAUUCGAUAAUAGUAUUUUUUUACUUUUUUUUUAUAAUAGCAUAUGUAGAAGAGCUUUCGAAGAUUAUGCCAAUGCUAUUUGUAUAUAUAAAUAUAUCACAUUGUAAAAAUGAAUAUAAAGAAUUACCCUUAGUUAAUGAUAGUAAUAUUUUAGAAGACCCUUCUUAUGAAGAAGGACCAAAAGUACAGGAAUAUAGAAGACCAAAAUUUCAAUAUAUUAUAGUGAAUGACGAAUUGGAAUAUAUUUUUUUCUCUUUAUGUUCUUCAGCUGGAUUUUCAAGUACUGAGAAUUUAUUUUAUUCAACGCAAACUACCAAGGACAACUUUUUUUGUAUUAUAAUAUUAAGAAAUUUAAUAUGUGUGCUAUUUCAUAUGUGCUGCACGGGUAUUUCAUCCUAUAAUAUAUAUAAUUAUGUUAACCAGAAAUACAAAAAGGGUUUUUUUUUUAGAUGCUUAUACAUAUUCGGAUCUCUAUUUUCUUCUUCUUUAUUUCACGCUGUUUAUGACUAUACGAUAUUUUUUAGUUCGAUGAACAUUCCUUCUUAUCAAAUAAUUUUUUUAAAAAUAUUGUUUACUUAUAGUUUCAUUUCAGUUUUGUUGAUGUUUUUUUUUAGUGUAAUUAGGAACAUGAUAUAA